ACCUUCUUACCUCCGCAGCCAGUCUGCUUCGUCAGUCCGUGCGCGACGUUCACAACGUGAGGUUCUACGUCGUUCGCGCAGUACAUUUUUCCUCUACCAGAUAUAAAUAAGACUGUUUCUUUUCCGUCAAGACCUUGUCUGCUAUUGAUCUACCAUAAAGAUGCCGGCAGACGCGGAACUCAGCAAUCUCUUAAACAGAAGACAGAGGAUUAACGAAGAGCUUGACGAAGGGAAAGAAGUUAAGAAGGAAUACAAAUUCGUGAACGUCUACACGGAAUUUCACGAACUGUCAAGACGAGAGAUCAAGCAGUACGAACAAACGUUCAACAGAUUUGACGCGGGACACGACGGCUUCCUUGAUUUGGCUGAACUUAAAAGGAUGAUGGAAGUGCUGGGCGCGCCUCAAACUCAUCUUGGACUCAAGGCUAUGAUCCAGGAAGUGGAUGAGGAUGGUGACGGUCGUAUUUCCUUCCGUGAGUUUUUAUUAAUCUAUCGCAAAGCUCGUGCUGGAGAACUUGAACAAGAUUCCGGUUUGGGUCAGCUUGCACGACUGACGGAAGUGGACGUUGACGAAGUCGGUGUGACUGGGGCCAAGAACUUCUUCGAAGCUAAGAUUGAAGAACUUCGCAAAGUGAGCAAGUUUGAAGAUGAAAUCCGCAUGGAACAGGAGGAGCGGAAACGGGAAGAAGAGGAACGCGCAACAAGACGCGCUCAAUUUCGACAGAAAGCUGCUCUGUUUGGUAAAAAUUAAACCGUCCCGUCAGUGUGUUCUGUACGCAUUGAUGGAAAACUUUAGUGGCGAACGAAGUGCACGUAUACAUGUUCGAACAAAUGAACGACUGAAUUUCCAAAUGGUCGUUUUAAUAAUUGGCAAAUGUGAUUUCAUUCCUGGAUGUGAUAUGAUAGAUUUUCUAUAAUCGUUACAUGUAUACGUUUAUUAUACACAGUUGUAUCGUAUCGUCAUGAAAACUUGUAGAGUUUGCUAAACUGAAAUUAUCGUAAGGGUCACCCAAUAACAAGCUAUCGAAAGAACUUAGUUUUCAAGAGAGCGAAAAAAAAUAACAAAUUUUAUCCAUUUUUGGAGAGUACAAAGUUUAUAGAGUACAAUGCGAAGUAUUAAUUGCUAUUGACGCUCAGUGGUUAUUAAGCUUCCAUUGCUGCCGGAAAAAAUGCAAAUUAUAAAAAAUAUUUUUAAAAAUCGUUGACAAAUUAUCAAGAAUGCCGACGCGCAAUUGAUUUGUUUAAAAACGACUGAAAAGCAUAAGUGAAGUUGCAAUUAUAGUUUGUCACAAUUAGCACGUAACUGUGUAGUAUAAUUUUUAGAGGAUGACAGUUAAGACAACAAAAUUAUCGUGGAAAGUCUCAUUCGUUGUUUGUACAUAAUAUAAUUGCUUUGUCGAAAAAGUAUUAAACGUUAAGCUAAUAUUUUUAAUAGGUUGCAAACAGUUUAAAGCAAUUUUAAGAACUAUGAGAGUCGUCCGUUAGUGUAUAUUUCUGGAAAAGAUGUGUUACUUGUAGCUAACGUGAAGUUUUCGAGAAAUUAUAACCAGACAAUGGUCAUCGAUUAAUUUUUAUAGCAGAAUUCCCAAAUCAUUAGAUUAUACUAGGUUUACAGAGCGCUUAGUUUACAACGAAAACUUAUUUAAUGUGUAAUUAUAAACUGCUUCUUUUUUUUUUUAUACGUGCCGUGCGACUUCUUCUGUUAGACAUAAAUCCAAACCCAAUUAAAUAGAAUCGCACCUACAGAAGCUGUUAUAAUACAAAUAUUUGUUUUACUGUGUAAUUAUUGGUAUGCAUUUAUGCUAUCGUGUCUACAAUGUUACGUUAAUUUUUAUCAUCACUGAUAACAGAGUAAAAAAUAAUUACCAGAAGUUUCAGUCUUUG